AUGCUCCUUUCGGAAGUGAUUCGAUGUGUUGUGAAUGAAGUUAGCAUUCAGUUCAACCUAUGGCUCACAGGAACUGCCAAAUUGCAGGUGUGUUUGGUGGAUGAAUCAACGCCGUCUCUUCUGGACUGCCAGCCGGCCACAUCAGGUCCAGUUGUCGUUGAUCUGCCUCGGAUUGUAAGACCGUUUCGAAUCGCUCUUCGAGCAGAAUCUCCUGAUCAGGCAUGGUUAUCGUGGAUGACAUCAGGCGAUUUAUGUCCCUCAGUACUCCGACAAUACUCCUCCAAAUCGUACCAUCCGUUGGCUGAUCAACCAGACCCGAACGCUUGUCGCCUCCUUUCGUGCGAUUUCCUGCGAGGGCACGCUUGUCUCUACGACUCGAGCCGAAUUCAAAACAGCGCCGGACAUGAUGUGAUUGAUCAUUCAGCAGUUACACGGCUCGACGCUUUUCACAACAUUGCAAUUCUCGAGUCACCCGUUUUCCAUCUCAAUACCAUCGCUCGAUUGCACUUCACAUAUACUGUAGAGGGAGACGUAGUCUUUUUCGUCUGCAACGACAGCGCCAACAAAGAAUUAGAAAGUUGCUUCAAAGUUGAGGGACGGCAAGGUGAAGACUACAUUGAAAUGCUACCGAGUGACACAAAGGUUUACCUUAUCGCAAAGCUAACCGAUAGUCCGACUGCCAGUGGGUCCAGAUCAGGAAGGCUCAGCAUACACAAACUUCAGCUCACAGAUGUACAGGAUGUCAAUGCGUGCUAA